AGUAAAUAUUAAUAAACAAGAAAGCCAAAACCAAAUUCAUUUCUUUUCUUCUGGUAACGAGAAAGCCCAAAUUCGUUGGACUUGGUGACAAAAUCUCACCGUAACUUCCCAAUCAGAUGACUCAUGCUCAACCCAGAUCGCCUCCCUCAGUCCCCUCCACCGAAUCGAAUCGUUCUUUGGCUGGGGCAGAGAAAAAAGAAAGAAGCAUGAAAAUUGUACCUCUACUUUAGUAUAAAUUGCCAACCACUAGGAUCCUCAUUUUCUGCGAAUCAUCUAUUUCUCGUCAUUCUCAAAUUUUCCGCACUUUUCCAACUUCUUUUGAACAUGGCAGAGUCUGAUGGGAAAACCUCAACUUCAAUUGAUGGCAACACUCUCGUGGCCAUGUGCCUGGCAAGGGCCGGGGUGGACAAGAUGUUCGGAGUUGUGGGCAUCCCCGUAACCUCCCUAGCCAACCGGGCCGUGGCUCUCGGAAUCCGCUUCGUCGCUUUCCACAACGAGCAGUCCGCCGGCUACGCUGCCUCUGCUUACGGCUACCUCACCGGCCGUCCCGGUAUCCUUCUCACUGUUUCCGGUCCCGGCUGCGUUCAUGGGCUGGCUGGUCUCUCCAACGCCGGCGUCAACGCCUGGCCCAUGGUCUUGAUUUCCGGCUCGUGUGAUCAGAAGGAUUUCGGCCGUGGUGACUUCCAGGAGCUCGACCAAAUUGCCGCUGUUGAACCCUUUUCCAAGUACUCGGUGAAAGCCACUGAUAUUACUAAAAUCCCUACCGUUGUUUUCGAGGUUCUUGAUCGAGCUGUUUCGGGUCGCCCCGGCGGGUGCUAUUUGGACCUCCCCACUGAUGUGCUUCACCAAAGUGUUGCUGAUUCCGAGGCCCAGAAAUUGAUUGAUGAAGCUGAGAAUAGUAGGAAAAAAGAGCUGAUUGCCAAGCCCUUAGUUAAGAAUUCAGAGAUUGAAAAGGCGGUUGCUUUAUUGAGGAAAGCAGAGAGGCCUUUGAUCGUGUUUGGAAAAGGGGCUGCAUAUGCUAGAGCCGAAAAUGCAUUGAAAAAGCUAGUUGAAAGUACUGGAAUUCCCUUCUUACCGACUCCUAUGGGGAAAGGUUUAUUGUCUGAUACUCAUGAGUUAGCUGCCACUGCUGCCAGGUCACUGGCAAUUGGGAAAUGUGAUGUGGCGUUGGUUGUUGGAGCAAGGCUUAAUUGGUUAUUGCAUUUUGGGGAGCCACCAAAGUGGUCCAAAGAUGUGAAGUUUAUCUUAGUGGACAUAGAUAAGGAUGAGAUUGAACUAAGGAAGCCUAGUGUGGGAUUGGUAGGAGAUGCCAAAGAUGUUGUGGAAAGGAUAUACGAGGAGAUCAAAGAUGAACCUUUUUGUUUAGGAAAGUCUCACCCUUGGGUUGAGGCCAUAGCAAAGAAGGUUAAGGAGAAUGUGUCAAAAAUGGAGGUUCAGUUGGCGAAGGAUGUUGUUCCAUUUAAUUAUACUACACCAUUAAGGAUUAUUAGGGAUGCAAUUCUUGGAUUGGGUAGUCCUGCUCCAAUUUUAGUUUCUGAGGGGGCAAAUACUAUGGAUGUUGGCAGGGCAGUGUUGGUUCAGACAGAACCAAGGACUAGGCUGGACGCAGGGACGUGGGGGACAAUGGGGGUUGGUCUGGGAUAUUGCAUUGCUGCUGCUGUGGCAUCGCCUGAUCGGCUUGUUGUGGCUGUUGAAGGGGACUCUGGAUUUGGUUUCAGUGCAAUGGAAGUUGAGACCUUGGUUAGAUAUCAGUUACCUGUAGUCGUUAUAGUUUUCAAUAAUGGUGGGGUUUACGGUGGUGAUCGAAGGAGUCCUGAAGAAAUCACAGGGCCUCACAAAGAUGACCCAGCACCCACGUCUUUUGUUCCCGGAGCAGGUUAUCAUGUUCUAACGGAAGCUUUUGGGGGGAAAGGUUAUCUCAUUCAGACGCCUGAUGAACUCAAAUCUGCACUUGCUGAAUCUUUUUCGGCACGGAAACCUGCAGUGUUAAAUGUCAUACUUGAUCCAUAUGCUGGUUCAGAAAGUGGAAGGUUGCAGCACAAAAACUGAGCUAAAUACACGUGCAAGUAGAAAGAGCAUCCUCUGCUACAAGCCUACAUACUCAUUGCAUGAGGGUUGCUGAUUUACCAAAUGUUGGGUCGAAGAAGCAGCUGGUAUCCCUGUCUUGUUUUGUUUGAACAAGAAAGUUAAGAGAGCUAGCAGCUUCAACAUUUUGAAGACAUCAGUGGCAGGUUUUCAGGACUACCAUUAGCUUGUAUGGAAUACUGUAGAUAGUUUUUCUUGGAAUGUUUGUUGAGUUCUUUUGCAAUUAUGUGCUUUCUUUUCAUCUGCACGAGAGAAGAAAACAUGCACUCCGGUCGGGAACUGUAUCAUUACUUGUUUUGAGUAGAUUAGGUAUAGUUUCUGCAACUUUGAUCAAUGAGUAGGAAAAUUGCUGUAGGAAUUAGCAUUUGGAAUCACUCUAUGGAUCUGAGACUCGGCAUAUAAGGAUUCAGGCCUUAAAGGUAAUAAUGUGUUGAUUGCUGCACAUACCUGCGCAGUAUUUUCCUUUU